AUGGUGGGUCUGGGCGUGUCGCGCGCGAACAUCUUUGUGUGCGACUCCAAAGGUGUCAUCUAUGAAGGCCGCCCCGGGGGUUACGACGAUUCGAAGGCACGCUACGCGCAACAGACGCCGCUGCGCACCCUGGCCGAUGCGGUCAACGGCGCCGAUGUGUUUCUGGGUUGUUCCGCGCCCGGCGUGCUCACCGCCGAGAUGGUCAAGACCAUGGGCCCCAAGCCCAUCAUCCUCGCGCUGGCCAACCCCGAGCCCGAGAUCCGGCCCGAGCUGGCCAAGGCCGUGCGGCCCGACUGCAUCAUCGCCACCGGCCGCAGCGACUACCCCAACCAGGUCAACAACGUCCUGUGUUUUCCCUACAUCUUCCGGGGCGCGCUGGACUGCGGCGCCACCAAGAUCACCGAAGAAAUGAAGCUGGCCUGCGUGCGCCAGAUCGCGGAUCUGGUGAAGAGCGAAACCAGCGAGGAAGUGGCCAAUGCCUACGCCGGCCAGGAGCUCAGCUUCGGACCCGACUACAUCAUUCCCAAGCCGUUCGACUCGCGCCUGAUCCUGCGCAUCGCGCCGGCGGUGGCGCAGGCCGCGGCAGACUCCGGCGUGGCCACGCGGCCGAUCCAGGACAUGGAGGCCUACCGCCAGCAACUCGGCCGCUUCGUCUACCAGACCGGCAUCCUGAUGCAGCCGAUCUUCAACGCCGCCAAGGCGCUACCGAACAAGCAGCGCGUGGCCUACGCGGACGGGGAAGACGAACGCGCGCUGCGAGCCGCGCAGAUGGCCAUCGACGACCAGAUCGCCCUGCCCAUCCUGAUUGGUCGCCCGGCCGUGAUCGAGGCGCGCAUUUCCAAGGCCGGCCUGCGCAUGAAGCUCGGGCAGGACGUGCAGAACGUGAACCCCGAAGACGACCCGCGUUUUCGGCAGUACUGGGAGCACUACCACCAGCUCAUGGGUCGCGAAGGCGCCACACCCGAAGUGGCGAAGGCGGCGGUGCGGCGCUCCAACACCAUCAUCGGUUCGCUCAUGGUCUCGCUGGGUGAUGCCGACGCGCUCAUCUGCGGUCUGGUGGGCGGGUUCAUGACGCACCUGGAGCGCAUCGACCAUGUGUUGGGUCGGCGCGAAGGCGCGGGGCUCUACGCCUCGGUGAACGCGCUCAUGACCGACCGCGGCCCGAUCUUCAUCGCCGACACCUAUGUGAACGAAAUGCCCAGCGCCGAAGAGCUGGCCGAGAUCGCCUGGAUGGCGGCGCAGGAAGUGCAGCGCUUCGGCCUGCCGCCCAAGAUCGCGUUCCUUUCGCACUCCAGCUUCGGUUCGAGCAAACGGCCCUCGGCGCGCAAGAUGGCCCUCGCCCGUGACCUGUUCGUGGCCGCCCACCCCGAGAUCGAGUGCGACGGUGAACUGCACGGCGACGCCGCCCUGCAGCCCGAGAUCCGCAGCGCUUACCUGGCCGAGACCACGCUCUCGGGCUCGGCCAACCUGCUGAUCUGCCCCAACCUGGACGCGGCCAACAUCCUCUACAACGUGAUGAAGACCACCGCCAGCGGCGGUGUGACGGUGGGCCCCAUCCUCAUGGGCGCGGCGGGCACGGUGCACAUCCUCACGCCGGCGGCCACGGUGCGGCGGGUGCUCAACAUGACGGCGCUGGCCGCCGCCACAGCGGCACCCCGCAACUGA